AUGAAGUUCCACACAUCGUUACCGUAUCUUCUGGGCUUCAUCACCGCGGCCUCGGCGCUACCCCAAAGCAUCUCCGAAAGACACGCAGGCGCAGCUACAAGAGCGACCGUACCAACCAUCUGGAUUGCAGGCGACUCUACCACCGCACCAGAUGGAGGGCACAACGGUACAGAAGGCUGGGGACAAUAUCUCCGGUACUCAUUCGGCACCAACGCCAAAGUGAACAACUCCGCUUAUGCCGGACGAUCCGCGCGCUCGUUCACACGCGAAGGCCGCUUCGACAGAAUAGCCAAAGCCCUCCAACCCGGCGACUGGGUCAUAAUCGAGUUUGGCAUCAAUGACGCCGGCACGCUUCAGAAUGGCUCGACCAGCUCAACAGGAGAUAAAGGCCGUCCGUCAUGCCCUGGUGUGGGCGAUGAGACGUGUGAUGUGACUUUCAAUAACGCCACGGAAGUCGUCCACACAUUCCCCUCCUACAUCAAAACCGCAGCAUCCACUUUCCUCUCCCUCGGCGCCUCCGGCAUCGUCAUAGCAUCGCAACUGCCCACCAACGUGUGGGAAUCGGGUAGUUACAGCUUCACGCCCGGAAGAUUUGCCUACUACAAUAUGCUAUCGGCCAUCGAACUAGGUGGCCCAGCAUCACAUGUGUACUUCGUUCAGCAUGGGAGUUACGCAGCGCAAGCGCAGAAGCUAUUGGGAAAGGAGGUGGUGGAUAAGGAGUAUCCGAUGGAUCACACGCAUACCGCGCCGUUUUUGGCGGAUGUGAACAGCAUAGCCAGGCUUUUGUACUGGGUUUGA